AUGGUCCGAGUCAACAUUCCUCCGGCAACCCGCAUCUGCCUUGUCAGUCUCCUCACCCUCUCCCUACUCUACAACAUCGCCCGAUGGCGCCAAAUUAGCAGCAUCAGUGCCACUACCGGCAAAACCCAGCUGACUACGCCCAUCGUUGUUCCCUACCUGACUCUCGUUCCCUUGCGACUCUUCUACUAUCCAUGGACCCUCCUCACGGCCACCUUUGUCGAGCAAAACAUCUUCACCGUCCUUCUGAACCUGGCCACCCUCUUCUACGGCGGCAAGUACCUUGAGCGUGCCUGGAGUUCUCGGGAGUUUGCCAAAUUCAUUGUCACCAUCGCCGUCCUCCCCAAUGUGGUUAUCGUGCCGUUCUAUCUGCUGUGGGCAGCCAUCAGGGGUAACCCCUCGAUAGGCCUCACUCAAAUCUGCGGUGGAAUCUCGAUCCAAGCCUCCUUCCUUGUCGCCUUCAAGCAGCUCGUUCCCGAACACACCGUCACUGUAUUCAAGGGCCUGGUGCAGAUGCGCGUCAAACAUUUCCCCGCCAUCUUCCUGUUUCUCAACACCAUCAGCGGCGUGGUGCUGGGAACCGAAACCGCAGCAAUCCUCGCCUGGCUGGGUCUCUUGACCAGCUGGACAUAUCUCCGGUUCUUCAAGCGGCAGCCCGAUCUCACCGGCACGUCCACCACCAAUGGCAUGGGCAUCAAGGGUGACGCAAGCGAAACCUUUGCCUUUGCCUGUCUUUUCCCCGAUGUGAUCCAGCCACCCAUCGCCGCGAUCUCUGAUCAAAUCUACAAUCUGCUCGUCUCUCUCAGGAUCUGUACCCCGUUCUCGGAGGAGGCUAUCGCUUCGGGGAACCAGCAGGUCCUUGCCAGAGGGGAGGCCGGUCUCCCGACGCUCCUCAGCAGCCAUCGCGCCGGUCGAGGCACGGGUAAGCGCGAGGAGGCAGAACGGCGACGAGCCUUGGCUCUCCGGGCUUUGGACCAGCGUCUUCAGGCGGCGGCUGCAGGAAAAGCGCAGUCUCACUCGCCGUCGUCAGCAACAUCUAGCCAACCUACUCGCGCUGCAACACCUACCGUAUCAGGACAGGGUAUGCUAGGAGGUACCAACUACACGCCAGAUAACGCUUAA